AAUCAAGUAAAUCUAAGCAAAUAAAUUCAAUAAAAUAUAUAAAACAAACUUUUUAAUUUUAUAAUUAAAAUAUUGAUAGCAAAAAUAACAAAUGUAAAAAAAAGAAUGCAGAUCUUACUGCUACCAUGUAAAUCAGCAGGUCACCACAUGACCUAAAGCUGGAUUUUCCUGGCAAUUUCCCUCCUCUCUCUUUCUCUCUCUCUCUCUCUCUCUCUCUGCUUUGCUGUCUUCCACCCCGCCUCUCUCUCUCUCUCUCUCUCUCUCUCUCUCUCUGUGUGUGUGUGUCACUGGCUCUCGGGUCUCUCAGUUCUUGGAGCGGCUGGUUCAGGAUGGAUGUCUCAUGUGCGCAGAUGCCAUCGCUGAGCGCUGGACCCCACUGCAUCCCGUCGGCAGUGUGCGCGUGAGUGUGUGAGAGUGUGUGUGUGUGUGUAUGCGUGUGUGUGAGAGAGUGUGUUGCGGGGGAGCGCCGGACGGGUGAAGACGCGUGCGAGUUUGCGUGUGUGUUUUGGGGCAGAUCUCAGUGGAAUCUCUCACGCUGGAUGUGUAAGGAUCACGGGAGGACCGACUGACCGUACGUGCGCCCUCACGGAGAAACUUCCAGCAUGGCAGACCCUCUCUCUGGACUCACAUCAGUUCUCAUGCCCUGACGGACCGCUGCUGUGCUGAGAGGGAAGACAUGUGCUGGUCAUCUCUCCCUCACCUUCAUCAUCAUCAUCAUCAUCAUCACCACUGAUCCGUGUCUGGAGGAACCAUGGUGAGCAAGGACGCUGGUAAAUGCAUGCUCACCAACUCUGAGUCGGACUCAGAGGCAACAGCAGCCUCCAUGGCCCUGGAGGUCAAAGGAUCGUCAGACGAGAGCCGACAUGUGCGCAAGCGUAACAAGGCCCUUCAGGUGCGCUUCAAGGACAUCUGCGAGGCACAGAAUGAACAGGCCGCUGCGGCCCGAGGAGGGAAGCCGCCCUACAAGGUGGCUUACCGCAAGUACAUGACCGUCCCAGCUCGCCGAUCAAUCCCCAAUGUCACCAAAAGCACUGGAGUGCAAACGUCACCGGAUCUUAGGAAGCGUUACCAGACUUUUCCAUUUGAUCGAAAGAAAGGACACACAGUCAAGCAUGCCGCUGCGGUGGAGAGCUGUAAGGACCAGGACGAUGGGUUUGUAAUUGACGUGAAGAGGGCAAAAGCUACCGAGGCGGGCAGGGAGUGCGCGCCCUCUCAUAAUCUGAGGAAAACAAGAGCAUUAAUGCACACCAGCAAGUGCGUCGCAACCAUAGAGCAACAUCCGCAAGCCAGGGACUGUCUGGAGAGAACGGACGGACCAUGCUCGGAUGCUUUGGUUCUUCCCUGUCCGACAGAUAGGACCAUAGCAGGAGUAGACCACUCGGAGUAUCAGAUCUGUAGCGUCAAAAGUAAACACAGUAAGGGCUUCCGGAGAGACUCCGAAACUCUUGAUCGCUCAGGCAAGCUGCAGUUGUUGAACUCGGGGGAAAGCGGUGGGAAUAUUGUCCAGGAUUCCUCCUCCAAAGUGACAGGACCCAUCGCGUGGAAUUCCCUCACGCAGGUGGAGUGCUUGGAGAGUCCAACCGAGCGAAGCAAACGCAAGAAGGCACUGCAGCUCAACGGCCUGCAGUCACAGACGCUGCCGCGGGCCAGUUGCACUACGCAGGUCCAGUGCCACGUUGGUACGCUGUCCGCUCGACCGCUGCGGGCCAUGGAAGAGGCGGCGGCAGUGACUUCGGUCUCCUCGACUGCCGUUCCCAUGCCGGCUCCUCCGUGCAGGGGCGGCACGACAGCGGGAACUCUACAGACGGAUAAUGAGGCGUGCAAGCAGAUAGUGCCUGUCAAUCAGGAUGGGGAUGUUAAAGCGCAGCUCCAGGCCAUGGAAAACAUGAUCAGCUCCAGCCAGGAAACCAUCAAAGUGCUGCUGGGUGUCAUUCAAGAGCUGGAAAAAGGAGAAGCUCAUAGAGAAGGGCUCUCCUAUCGGACCGGACAGGACACGGCCAACUGCGACACGUGUCGGAACAGCGCAUGCAUUAUUUACAGUGUGGAGCUGGACUUUAAACUGCAGGAAGAUAAGCUACAGCCUCUGAUGAAGAGAUUGUGUCCCACGGAGGAGUCCCUGUUCCCCCCUCUGCCCUAUCCUCAGGAGACCAUCGGCUCCACGCCCAAACGCAAGUCCAAAGCGGAGGCCAAGAAACACGCGCGAUGGAAACUCUGGUUUCUGUGACCACAGGAAUACAUACACCGCUUUCUACAACUUUAUUAUGCUUCUGAUCAUAUUUUCAAGAAGGGAGUUCAACGACAGAAUGCAACGCUCCAUGCGCAUUUGUUCACUUGCUUAGUUACGCCCGUUUUUGAUCAGGAUGGUACAGGUUUUUGGUUUUCCCCCCUUCUGUACUUUAUGGAUGCGAGUACUGAACUUGAUUUGGAAAUAAUCGCAGCCAGCAUUCGUAAAAAAUAAAAUAAAUGUAUAUUCAAACAGGAAAAAAAAAAAAA